CGGGGCUCUGCUAGGUAGGCGGCGGAGUGCCGGCGGGGGCCGGAAGUAGCCGAAGCCAGCGGCGGAAGUAGCCUGAGCGGGCGGGCGGCAAGGCGAGGCGAGAGCUGCACAGGGCCCUACGCGGCCGCUUAAGCAUGUCUGACUUCGACGAGUUCGAGCGGCAGCUCAACGAGAACAAACAAGAACGGGACAAGGAGAACCGGCACCGGAAGCGUAGCCACAGCCGCUCUCGAAGCCGGGACCGUAAACGUAGGAGCCGAAGUCGAGAUCGGCGUAACCGUGACCAGCGCAGUGCCUCUCGGGACAGGAGAAGGCGAAGCAAACCUUUGACCAGAGGCGCUAAAGAGGAGCACGGUGGAUUGAUUCGUUCCCCCCGCCAUGAGAAGAAGAAGAAGGUGCGUAAAUACUGGGACGUGCCACCACCUGGCUUUGAGCACAUCACCCCAAUGCAGUACAAGGCCAUGCAAGCUGCGGGUCAGAUCCCAGCCACUGCCCUUCUCCCCACCAUGACCCCUGAUGGUCUGGCUGUGACCCCAACGCCGGUGCCUGUGGUUGGGAGCCAGAUGACCAGACAGGCCAGACGUCUCUACGUGGGCAAUAUCCCUUUUGGCAUCACUGAGGAGGCAAUGAUGGACUUCUUCAACGCCCAGAUGCGCUUGGGGGGGUUGACUCAGGCCCCUGGCAACCCAGUCCUGGCUGUGCAGAUAAAUCAAGAUAAGAACUUUGCCUUUUUGGAGUUCCGUUCAGUGGAUGAGACGACCCAGGCCAUGGCCUUUGAUGGCAUCAUCUUCCAGGGCCAGUCAUUGAAGAUUCGAAGGCCCCAUGACUACCAGCCACUGCCUGGCAUGUCAGAGAAUCCCUCUGUUUAUGUGCCUGGAGUUGUGUCCACUGUAGUCCCAGACUCUGCCCACAAGCUGUUCAUCGGGGGCCUGCCCAACUACCUGAAUGAUGACCAGGUGAAGGAGCUGUUGACAUCCUUUGGGCCUCUGAAAGCCUUCAACCUGGUCAAGGAUAGUGCCACAGGGCUCUCCAAGGGCUAUGCCUUCUGUGAGUACGUGGACAUCAACGUCACAGAUCAGGCCAUUGCGGGGCUGAAUGGAAUGCAGCUAGGGGAUAAGAAGCUGCUUGUCCAGAGGGCGAGUGUGGGAGCCAAGAAUGCCACGCUGGUGAGCCUCCCGAGUACCAUCAAUCAGACACCUGUGACCCUUCAAGUCCCAGGCCUGAUGAGCUCUCAGGUGCAGAUGGGCGGUCACCCGACUGAGGUCCUAUGCCUCAUGAACAUGGUGCUGCCUGAGGAGCUGUUGGACGAUGAGGAGUAUGAAGAGAUUGUAGAGGAUGUACGAGACGAGUGCAGCAAAUACGGGCUGGUGAAGUCCAUUGAGAUCCCCCGGCCCGUGGACGGCGUCGAGGUGCCUGGCUGUGGAAAGAUCUUUGUGGAGUUCACCUCCGUGUUUGACUGCCAGAAAGCCAUGCAGGGCCUAACCGGCCGCAAGUUCGCCAACAGAGUGGUGGUCACAAAGUACUGUGACCCUGACUCUUACCACCGCCGGGACUUCUGGUAGAGGUGGCUGGGGGAGGGUGGGGGCAGGGCUGGCUGGGGACUUUUCCCCACCUGUCCCCCCCUCCUUUCUCCCCUCUCUGAAGAUGAUGGGCAGAGGAGUGACAGCCGAAUGACAGCCGGCAGCAACUGGAAUGGCAGCAAUUACGGGGUGGGGG